AUGGGGAUGGGGACGUGUUUGGAUAUAGGAUGCACUUACUGCGGCCGUACUAAGGGGCAGUCAUGGCCCCUGACGUGGUGGCUGUUGGUCCUGAUGUCCAUCUCUCUAGCGAUGGGCCAAGGUCAGACUGUCAACACUUUCCAGUCAGAGAGGAGAGAGUGGACCCUGAACCACCUGACAGUGCACAAGACCACUGGUGUUCUCUACGUUGGUGCUGUGAACCGGAUCUACAAGCUGUCUGCUAACCUAACACUUCUGGUCUCCCACGACACAGGUCCUGAGUACGAUAACAACGCCUGCUACCCUCCUCUUAUAGUGCAGCCCUGCUCGGAACCCCUGGCAUCCACUGACAACAUUAACAAACUGCUGCUCAUAGACUACUCCCACAACCGCCUGCUGGCCUGUGGCAGCCUCUACCAGGGUGUCUGCAAGCUGAUGCGACAGGACGAUCUGUUUAUCCUGGUAGAGCCCACUCACAAGAAAGAGCAUUACCUCUCCAGUGUCAACCAGACAGGCACCAUGUAUGGGGUCAUCGUGCCCUCCUCGCAGGGCCAGGAUGGCACCCUGUUCAUCGGCACAGCCGUGGGUGGAAAGCAGGACUAUUUCCCCACCAUCUCCAGCCGUAAGCUGCCCCGUGACCCAGAGUCCUCUGCCAUGCUGGACUAUGAGCUCCACACUGACUUUGUCUCCUCUCUCAUUAAGAUCCCCUCUGACACGCUAGCUCUGGUCCCGCGCUUUGACAUCUACUACAUCUACGGCUUCGCCAGCGGGAACUUUGUCUACUUCCUUACCGUGCAGCCAGAGACCCCAGAGAACGGGAUGCCUGCUGGCAGUUCCCCUGGUGACCUGUUCUACACAACCCGCAUCAUACGCCUCUGCAAAGGGGACACAAAGUUCCACUCUUACGUGUCUUUGCCAGUGGGCUGUGUACACAAGGGAGAGGAGUAUCGCCUCCUACAGGCCGCCCACCUGUCUAAGGCAGGGAAGGUACUGGCCAGGUCCUUCAACAUCAGUGCCCAGGAUGACGUCCUCUUUGCUGUGUUCACCAAGGGCCAGAAGCAGUACCACAAGCCUCUGGACAACUCCGCCCUGUGUAUCUUUACCAUCCGAGACAUCAACGCCCGCAUUAAAGAGCGUCUGCAGUCCUGCUACCAGGGAGAGGGCAACCUGGAAUUACACUGGCUGCUUGGAAAGGAUGUGCAGUGCACCAAGGCGGUAGGUACCUGUAGCUAACACCCUGAAGAGGGCUGCAUCCAGUCCCUUCAUUAGCAUCCAGCUAGCCAGGGGCAAACCAGCAUUGGCUCCUCUGAUGUGGCAUACAGUCACAUUAUUCAGACAGUGGAGCUGACAGGUUAGAGAAUGUAAUAUUUAAAGCUCUUUGAAUACCCCACAGCCUUGAUUACACUAACAGUAGCUGAUAGGCAGAAAGGUAGACAGAAUCCCGCUGAAGAGUCCCAUUCAACGUUUUCAAUAUUCCUCAAGAGCAGCAGAGUAAGUUGGGGAGAUGAAUGUACAAGGCUAAUCAGAGGAGUUUUGUAUGUGACUUUGAUUCCAUUCAGAGGCUCCGGCUCAGGCUCUCUCUCUCUCUCUCUCUCUCUCUUUCUCUCUCACUCUCUCUCUUUCCAUUUGUGACUGUAAUUCUGUAUGAUAUGAGGCUGUCAGUGUUCAGAAAAAUGGUAACAAGGACAUCCAUCAAGGUUGUUAUUCAGCAACUCUCACCCAACUACUUUGAUUCCAAGAUCCUAUUUUGCUAAUAGUCACAUACUGCCUCUUACCCAUGUCAUCCAUCUGUUCCAGUGCAGAAGAAAGCAGAAUAGAUACUCUCGAGAGGUGCAGGAAAUGAAAGUACAAAUGUGUUGCCCUAAAAAGUGAGAUUUCUAUUCUGUCUGACAGGCCAUUAGUGGAUGUUUGAGGUGGGUUGUGCUAGAUGUAACAGGACUGCUUAGCAUGCGAGCCUCUUUGAUGCUAAAUCAAAAUCUGACAUCUCUGGGCCUGUAUGUUUGUGUGAUGUCAGAUCAAGCGAUUUAAAUCACAGAAACCUGCACCAAAUACAUGGCGUUCUCCUGUUUGCCACGAGCAAUUAAACUGCUCAACAAACACACUGUCCUGGCACUGUUGACAAAUGUAACAGCCCCAAUAUCUUUUGAAGUCGCGGCCUUGAAAACCAUGGUAAUUGUGUGUAGCAAAUAUGUAAGGAUUUUUACAGUAGUCAUUUUGAGAUUUCUUACUCUCCUUCUCUUGCUCUCUGACUCACCCAUCUCUCCCUGUCUUCCCCCAUCUCUCUCUGCAGCCUGUGCCUAUUGAUGAUCACUUCUGUGGGCUGGACAUCAACCAGCCCCUGGGGGGCUCCCAGCUGGUAGCUGGCUUGACGGUGUACACUGAAACCAGGGACAGGCUGACCUCUGUCACCUCCUACAUCUAUAAUGGCUACAGCGUGGCCUUUAUCGGCACCAGGAGUGGCAGACUGAAGAAGGUAAGCAUGGGUAAUGCACUGACAGAUCUAGCAGGGGGAUUCUUUCUCCACACCCACAUGAAGAAAUACUAUAGUAUAUUAUGGUAUAAAUACUAG